AUGCAGGUCAUUGUGGGUGGGGUUGCAGCUGGUGUCUGGGCUUACCAAAAGCAUAGGCAAAGGACUAACGUUCACAUUAUGGCUCUGAACCUUGUCCGAGGGGUUCCCCUGACUCCAAGGGAGAAGGAGACGAUGAUUGACAUCCUUACACCGCCUCUUCUAACUAGGAGAUGGUGGUGGCCUGUCAAGUGA